AUGGCAAAAUUACUCGAGCCUCUUAAGUCUUCUAGAGAACAUAGUGUAGAACCUUUAGAAUUGACAAAUCAAGCAGACUUGCUUCAUGCUGAUAAUCAAGUUAUUGAUGGUGUUUCAGUAAUGAAUUCUGAUGUUUAUGAAAAUAAACACAAUCAAGACAAAAACGUUGUGUUCGAAAACGAUAAUGAAACAAAAAUAUUUCUGCAUGAAGUUCCUCGAUUUACGUAUUGCGAUUUAUGUGAUGCAGAAAAACUAUUAGCAUAUUAUUCAACUUCAAUAGCAAAAGCAGAUUUGAUGGACAAAAAUACGCCAUCAACUGAUAAAUGUGAUGACAAGACAGACAAUUAUGAUGUAAAUUUAACUCCUAAAAAUGAGGGAAUUCGUGACGAUCAUGAUAAUCCUACGCUUGGAUUAUUGACCGUGGAUGUUAAAGGAAACACUUUCAACUUUAUUGAAAAUGCAAUUGCUGAUGAUAUACCUCAAUUUAAUUAUAAUGAAAUUAAAGACGCUGAAUCGAAAUUAGCUUCUAUCUCAACGCUUAGAAAAAUUAAAUCAGACAUACCUGAAGCACCAUUUGAUGAAUCUAAAACAAACGAUAUUGAAUUUAAUCAAAAUGUACUUUGUACUGUAUCUACUUAUGAAGAAAAUAAAAUUUUCGAAAAAGAAUCCACUCUUGAGGAAUGUGACAAUGCGUAUGAGAGUGAACAAAAUAUAGGAGAACAGAAUAUAAUUGAAGAUUCGGGUACAUCAGACUCUCAAUUGAAGUUAUCGUUAGAUACAAAAAUAACUUCACAGAUUGAUGUGAAACAGGAUACCGCGAACGAUAACUCAAGAGACCUGUCAGUAAUAACUGAAGCUGAAAAUACUGUUGGAUCACUUGUGAACAUGGUGUUCGGUAAAUUAGAUAACAUAAAAGUAUCUAACGUAAUAUCACAAACCUAUGAAAAUUCUUCAGUUGUAGAUGUAAAACCUGAUUUGGUAGUGGAUGAAGUUGAUAACGGCGAAUUUGUAAUUGUAGAUUUGGUAAAAAGCGUUGAUGAAAACACUACUGAUGUCAAGGAUGCUGAUUUAAAUUCUGUCGAAAAUCAGGAAUUUGAGCAUGUUGAUGUACUUGAAACUAGUUCAAUAGAAAUGGUUGAAAAUGCCAUAAAAUUAAUUGAUGAUACAAUUGAGGAUGUAACAGUUACACCGGCUAUACAAAACCUAAAUGAAAAUAAAACUGAAACUGAUCUAAAUUCUCAAUUCCCCGAAAAUACCAAUAAUAAACUGGAUGAAAAAUCAACAAACAUUCAAAGUAUUGAAACCUGUUCGACAAUAGACGAUAGUCAAAUUCCGGAAUCUGAUGAUAAUAUUAAUUUCGACAUUGGAGAAGACUUCGAAAUAAUCACUACACAAACAGACGAUUUUCACGAUGAGAAAGAAUUUUCUGAGCCCAUUCCUAUCUCGGCGGAUAUUAAAGAUCACGUAGUAAAAUCGAUAAAACCUGGUAAAUCUAAAUCCACCGAUACGCAUGAUACUAUACAUAGGGAUGAUAAAAGUAGGGUUUGUUCAAAUAUAAAAAGUAUCGAGUAUGAUGUAGUUGAUAGUAAAACAAAAACUGACGGUACCCGACAUGAGAAGUCACCUAUACAUAGUUUGCAUGAUCUUUUGCCUGAAAUUGAUUCUAUCCCAGAAUUUAAGCCAUCCUAUCCCAAUACAUUUUUCUCUAAUUUAUCAGCUGACGCGCCAGAAUUUACUCCAUCAUAUAUGUACCAAGCAGUCCAAAAAGAAACGCAAUCCACCACACCUUCUAUACAUACUGACAAUAUUUCUUUAACAAAUAAAACUGAUUCACCCCCUAAACUGUCCCACAACACUGAGGAAAAUAAAACCACUACGCCAUCAUAUUCAUCUGUCUUAGGUAUAAAAAAGAAAAAGGUAGAAACGCAGAUGGUAGCCGAAGAAAAAAUAGAGGAAGAAAUAGACAAUUCUACUAGCAUUACUAGUAUGCCAAAAUGUGAUGAAAAUACUCUACCAAGAACGCAAGAUAAAAUUGAAGUUAAAGACAAAGUGGAUAGAAAGGAAUCUCCCCCAUUUGUUGAAACUAUCCCUAAACUAACCGAGGAAACAUCAUCAACUAACAUUCAACAAGAAAAUAUAUGGAUUAAAAUGAUGGACGACAACAAAUCGUAUGCGGAGGUUGUGGCUGAAGGACUAUUGACCAUUGAAAAACAUAUUGAUCAACCUGUAGUUUGUGAAAGUAUAAAACCGGAGGCUGAACGUAAAGUAGAAAGUACAGAUUUAAUAGAAAAUAUGUCAGAGAGCCCUGAAAAAGAACAGACUCAUUCAUGGGCUAAAAUAGUUGCUACUAAUUGCCCGGUACCUGAUCCAGCUCUUAAAACUGAGGUGUUGGAAUCCGAAUAUUAUCAUCAUAAAGCUCCUAUUAUCUUAGUGGAUGAGUCUGAAUCGGAUCACAAAGCACAAAAGGAAAUCGAUUCUGAAGGAUUUAUAACCGUUGAAAGAAGUAGAAGAUCACGUUCGCGAUCAAGAGAAGUUCGGUCAACUUCAGUACCCAAAGCACAAAAAGCAGCUGUCCGCGAUAAAUCCGAAAAUAGAUUUGAUGCACUUUUAGAUUCCCUUAAGAAUGACGAAGAAUCGGUACGUAGUCCAUCUGAAGACGAAAAAGAGUCUAAACCAAAACUGAGAAAAGGACGUAGAUCUAAAUCAAAAGAAAAAGCGCCACAACUUAAGGUAGAACAGAAUGAAGAUAAGGAAAUAAAAAAGAAAAAGGAACGUAUUUCUAAACCAAGUGAAACUAUUCAAACUGACCCUGUUUCUUCUAUACAAUCAGAAGAAGUUGAAAGCAAGAAAAAGUCUAAGAAAAAGAAGAAAAAGAAAGGUAGCAAUGAACUGCAGGAGACAAUGGAAAAAGAUCUCACCACAAUGGACACCGUUACGGAAAACUUGAAAGAACCAAUAAAUAUAAUUGAUCUUCACAAAUCACCUCUUUCAACACCAGAAUCUGUUCAAACUCCGGUAAAAGACAGGUUCUAUUCAGAUGCUCAAUACUGGAAAAUGGACGCCAAUAUAAUUGAUGAUUUAAGCAAUUUAACUGAAACAAUCACCGUGGAUUUAAGCUCUGAUCAAGAGGUCGCAAUUAAAAGUACUUCUACUAGUAUUGAAAAAAAUAUAUUGACAGGAACUGAAUCAGCUGUGGUUGUUCAAACUGAUAACAAUACCAUCAAGAAAGAUGUGCAGCCAGAAUCGAAUUAUCAGGAUGUUAAAAUAGAUAAUAAAAAAAUAAAUUCAGAAGAAUUAAAUGAACCACCAAAGGACUCAUAUCAGGAUCUGAAAACAUUUGACAAAAUGUCUGAAGAACAGUCUCUAGAGUGCAAAAUGGCAGAUUUACAAAGAGAAAUCGAAGAAAUGUUAUUACCUGAAAAUGAUUGCUCUGUAAUUAGUGAUAGUACGCCUAAAGAGUUAGCGGAUACAAAUGAAUCACUUGAUGAACAAGAAGAAAUAGCUGAAAACAUUACACCCUCUCUUGCCUCUCCAGAACCAGAAGAUUUCCAGCAACACGCCGAAAACAGCCGUAAAAAAUCAUUAGAGGGAGAAACUUUGGACAAUAAAUUAUCGUCCCAAGUACUUAACGCUCAUUCAACAUCAAAAGAAGAGACAUCAAUAACAAACACUCAUAACUAUUCUCAAAAGCAGGACUUAAAUGAAGGCAUUCUCACGAAAGAAAAAGACCUACCUAUUGAAACAUCUAAAUCCGUGCUUGAACCUACUAACCAUGAUUCUCUUACUAAUACAAUUGCUAAUUUAAAGCUUGAUAAUUUCUGGCUCGGAAAAUCUCAUGUAGAUGACGCAGAAAAACUUGUACAAUAUAAUUCUAAAUUAGCUAUAGCAGAAAAAAAUAUUGCACCCGAAAUAAAAUCCACUAUGCCUCAGAUCGAAAAUAUAGACUUAGAUGAUAAAUCUACACUAAUAUCAUUUGAACAAAAUCUUUAUAACGAGCGUUCGUUUUGGAUUGACAAACACAUAUAUCAUGACGCUGAAUAUUUAUAUUUCGUACAAAAACAGAGCAAAAUCAAAGCUCCUGAUACCAUCAUUGAAACCGAUGCUAAAGAUAAAAAGGAUAAGGAUCGUGAUCCUGGUAGUGGGUCUGGUCAUUCUUCUGACGCAGAAGAUAAAGACCGACAUGGAUCUUGCGGCUCUCCAUUUGAUUCUAAUUACAUAUCGAUGGAUCUUCCUGGCGGUAUUUGUAGUUGGAAAGAUCAAACGUCUUACUUAAGUAUUGAAACCCCAACCGAUUCUCUGUUGGGAGUAGGAAGUGAAGAUGUAUCUCAAAUAGGUAUCGACAAUUCAGAGGAUGUACUAACAACCCCCACCCUAGAACCAGACGCCCUACCUGAACCCCUACAGGAGCUGCCAGCCGAAGAAGAAAUCCGGCCGACCACCAAGGAUGAGUUAUCUAACGAUAUUGAAACACUGCUUGAAGAAGUGAAGAUCGUUCAGGCUAAUCUAUCUGAUCUUCCAAACGAAAGUCUGGACGCUAUGGAACAGGGUCUUAAGGAGGGAAUAUCGAUUCUAGUCAAGUGUCAAGAAGCGGCCGAUAUUUUAGAACAGAAAGUCAUGGAAUUCCGCCAAGAGGCAGAAGUACAAGCUUUGUUAAAGGAUCUCAAUGUUAUGAAAGCUAGGAUUGUUAAGUUGUUGGUUCAAGCCCGCCAGGGUCUGGUCACCAUCCAGGUAAGAAAGGACGCUAAAAAGGAAUUAGAAAGGCAAAAUGAAGAAGUGGAAGAGCAAAAACAAAAGAUAAUCAAAUUAGAUACUUGGCUCCAAAGUAUUAACGAUGAGCUAAAAGAGUCCACCCAACAAUCUGAAAUGUUAACUGAGGAAACUAUUUUACGUUACAUUGAAAUAUAUGAACGUUAUAUUAGAGAAUAUGAAGAAUAUGAAGUAAUAUUAAAGUCUAUUUGUGUAAUUAUUCGUGAUGAUUCUAGUCAAAUUAAAGAGAAAUUAAAUAUUACAAAAAAUACGUUAGAAAAAACAAGAAUUCUAGUCAUUAAUGAGAUAGAAAGAUUAAGAGACAUCUUGAUGCAUAUUAGGAGUGCACGUGAUAUUAUUGAAGAAGACAUAUCUCAAACUGAUAGGACAAUUGACUCAACUUCAAUGCCAGAAGAAGUUGUUUCACCACGUCAAACAGACCUAGAAUCAAAUCUAGACAAACAACAAAAUACAGAAGAACCUUUCCUACAAGAAAGUCAUAUUACACAAGUUGAAACUGAAGUUAAAGAACCUGCACCGUAUAUAAUCAAAGAAACUGAAACAAUUGAAACCCAAACCGGACAAAGUUUAAUGUCAGAUAAACCUUCCGUUACUGAUAAAUCUGUUAUUUGUCAACCUGACCUAAUAUCAACACAUGACGUUUCUGUAACAUGUGAACCACCGAAAGAAAUUGAGGUUCAAACAAGUGAACCGAAAUCAGAAGAAAAAGAAAUGCUUGAAAAUAUUCACAUCAGAAAAACUAUAUCCGAAGGCCAUGAAACUAUUGAAAUUGCAAGUAAACCAGUUUAUAGAGAGUAUACCACGGACGAACAGUCUCUUGUUGUCGGCGCUGAUUAUGAAGAAUCCGAUUUACAUAGAGACACACACCUUAAUAUUACCCAUAGUUUGCCCCAAUCAUUUGAAACCGUUAUGGUAGAACCUGAUGAGACUACAACAGAAGUUGUUGUUGAUGCUGAUGGUACAAAGAGAAUAAUUGUAAAAAAGGUCAGGAAAACUCUUGUAACUCGACAACAAAUCAUUCACAAUAAGGAGCAGAGAUCACAAAUUCUUUCGAGUGAUGGUGUUCCACAAGAACAAACUUUCUCACAAAUAACUAUGAGAGAUGAUAAAGGAUCUACUACUACUACUUUAGACGAUGGCCGUAUGCAAACCGUUCAAUAUCAAACUUAUGGAGGAGAAAUUAUAUCCGGCUUACCAAGUGGAGAAGUAACAAUUCAAGAAUUCACCUCCAAACCAGAUAUGGUAAUAUCGCUAGAACAAGGAUUUAAGCCCGAUGAUAUAUUGCAAAUUGCCGAAGGUGAAAUAAAACCCCAUAUACAGACAUCUUCAUCUAGCGUCACCGCGGUUGUUCAACAAGUUACUAAACGAAUAGUAAAGACGCGUCGCCGUAUUAUUCGAAGAGUUGUAAUUAUUGAUGGUAAAGAGCAUGUGACAGAAGAAGUAAUAGAUGAACCAGACAAUGUUGAAAUAACUGAAGAGGAAAUACCUAGAGUUUCCAUAAGCGUUAAGGAUGGAUCUUAUGUACAAGCAGAAGAGUCGGAUGAUAAAGGCGAUAAUGAUACAGAAAAACAUUCAGAUCCACGCGUCAAACAAUUACCUCGUGAUUCACCACAACGUGACCAAGAUGACCAAGACCAUUCUAAACCAGUUAUUACUGAACCUUUAGAAGGAAACGACAAUGAGAAGCAACAGUCCACCAAUGAACAGUCAGAACUCGAGAAUUUGGUCCAAGAAUUUAUCCAAAAAGAGAGUAUAUCUGUUCAACCCAAUGCAAACAUCAAAACAACUUCGAAAGAUACAGUUCAAUUGUUUGAAGAUAAACCUGUGGUACAGUCUGAAAAUAGCCAACUAGCCACGGAACAAAUACACCAGAUUAGUGGAUACACCGAUUCUACUAUGCAAUUAUCUUCCGUAAAUGUGUCUUCUGUAGUACAAAAAGUAACACGAAAAAUAACAAGAACGCGGAAACGUAUUAUAAAACAUAUUAAAAUUAUUGAUGGAAAAGAACAUGUUACUGAAGAAGUAAUUGAGGAACCCGACGAUGUGGAAAUAAUUGAAGAGGAACCAAAAAUUAGCCAUUCUUUACAGGAACAAGGUGUAAAAACUAAGCGCAUAAAAAUAGUGAGGCAUGUGCAGAUUAUUGAUGGUAAAGAACAUGUCUCCGAACAAAUUAUAGAAGACUCGGGUGAUGAAUACGAACCGACUUCAACGGUAACAACAGAAAUCAAUGCGCAUAUAAUUCCAUCGGAAAUUCCUCAAGGCCAUGAUUAUUUGCAAAGCGGUGUUGAAAACACAGGUAUUGUGACUUUGCCUCCAGAAGAGUUCAUUUAUGACGACAAAGAUAAUACUGAAAUUGUUAUCCCGUCAACAAAAUUAAUCGAAAGUGAAAUGCAUGGUUCUUCAAAAGAUGGAACUAAACUCUCAGAUACCUAUGAAUCAGGUGAUGCGGUAAUUACUAGAGAUGAAGAACAAAUAUUAACUAGAGAAAUCGCAGUUGAAACUUCACCCGAUACGCAUAUAAUAGAUAUCACAAAACGUUUACUAGGAAGUGAAAGUGACCACACUGCACUCAGCAAAGCCUCACCAACGGUGAAAAAAGAGCCAUUAGCCUUGAGAAGUACGAAUGACCAAAAAGUUUCUCGUGAAACAAAAGAUCCAAUGCCGUUAAAAUCGGAAGAACCAAAAAUAACUGAAGGCGUUGACUUCACCAAAUCGCCUGUUAUUCAAACGACUCAAGAUAACUUCGAAAUUAUCACUAAAGGUAAAAAAUUAUCACAGGAACGCAAACUAGAACUUGGUGUAUUUGAAUUACAAACACCUGGUGAGAACAUAGACAACUCAUCUGCUGAUAAAAAAGAUGAUUCUAAAGAAAUGGAUCAAAUUAUAGAUGCAAAGAAAUUAGGAGAUGAGUUAACAAAAUAUGACGAAUUUGAACCAAUGAAAGAAACAAAGGAUGACCGCAAAAAAUCUGAAGAAAAAUCAUUCGUUGCUAAACCGGUGCAAGCGCGUGAAGAAACGGAACAAGAAGAUAGAGAUACAGAAAAACUCCAACACGGGUCUAUAGAAUUAGAGAAAAGUCUAGAUAUAAUGCAACCAGAAAUUGAGUUUAAAGAAAGAGAAAUAGGUCUUGACAAAAAAACCCAUGAUUUACCCGAAAACACAGGAAAAAAUUUGGGGAUGAAGAAAGAACCUGGGGAUGAAGAAACAAUUUCGCCUCCAGACCGAUCUCAAUCUAAUAAAGAUUUUUACCAUUUGAAAGGUACGAAGAAAGACUUAGAAUUAGAAAGUUAUGAGAAAACAACGGAAGAAAACAUUUCACCUAAGUUUGACACUGCAUGGAAACACAAAGUAACAGAGGAAUAUAUUAUGCAAAAAGAUCCUACAAAUGUCGUUGAACCAUAUGAUAAUCAACCCACAAAAGAAAGUACUGAAGAAGAACAACCACAAAUUGUAAUGAAAAGAAAAAUAAUUAUAAAACGCGUACAAAUUGUCGAUGGGAAAGAGAUUGUAACCGAAGAAGUUAUUGAAAAACCCGAAGAUCAAGUGGCACUAGAAAAUAAUCCUUCAGUAGUUCAUGUUUUACAAAAAGAAGGACUUAAAACAAAACGUAUAAAAAUCAUACGACACAUAGAAAUUAUUGACGGGAAAGAGCGAGUUACAGAAAAAGUAGUUGAAGAAGAUAGUGAUGAAUAUAUUCCCGAUUCUACAAUAACUACCCAAAUUGACGUUUCUAUGUCGAAGCCGAAUGCGGAAGAAGCUAAGGAGAAAACUAUAACUGCGCAGGAUAUGGGUGAUGAAUAUAUUCCCGAUUCUACAAUAACUACUCAAGUUGACGUUUCUAUAUCGAAGCCGAACGCGGAAGAAGCUAAUGAGAAAAAUAUAACUGCGCAAGAUGUGAGAACAAACGUUAUUGCACAAAUACCAAAGGUCAUUGAUCUUGGCCAUCAAAAUGUUAUUGACAUGACAAAGAGUUUGUUAGAGAGUGAAAGCUUUAUACCUGAGUUAUCAGUUCAAAAUGUCAAAGCUCCCGAAAAAACAUCAGAACAAACUUCUUCAAUGGAACAUGCACCAACUGAAACCUUAAAGGAAGAUAAUAUGAACAGAAAUAACGAGAAAUUACCUGCUGUGGAAUCGCCGCAAGACAUAACUUUACACGAGCGGGAACAAAUUCCUGAAAGUACAGAAAAAACUAAAGAACCAAAGUUGAGCAGCAGUGACGCUGAUUUUGUAGAUCUAAACGAUGAACCACAACAGAAUCUUAUGAUACAAGUGGAAGAAAAUCAGCAAUUUAUAAAAGAAGAAAUAAAUAAUGAUCUAAACAAUUUACAAGAUGAUAUAAAUUGCCUAAAAAAAGAUAAUUUGUUGCUUGAGACAUUAGAAACAUCUCAAAUACAGACUGACAUUUUAACUGAGAAGGAAGAAGAUAAACCACUAAAUAUUUUAACUGAUAAGUCUGCUGAUAAUGCUACAACUGAACUAUCGAAAGUAGUUGAUAUAAAAACUUCAAAAUUGGAUUCGACAAAUGCUGAUAAGCAACAACAGCCAUCAGAAGUCAUCGAAGUAGUGAGUGAAGAAACAUUAUCAAAAGAACAGAUUGAAAAUCUCAAAGACGACAUAUAUAAAGAUGAUAUUCCUCUACAGACAGAUGUAAUAGACUCUUUAUCUGUCUUAUCUCCUAAAGAAGUACAAAAAAUUACAAUUGAAGCAGUACCUUGCCCUAUGCCAAUAGACGUUGAAACAGCUAAAGUAGAAAAUAUUGUUUCUGAAACUGAUUUGAAUAAAAAACCGGAAAGCCCAAGGGUUUCGUAUAUUGCUCAAUUUGAAGAAAAUUACGAAAAGGACACACCUGAAGCGCAGAUCUUAACAACGUCUGCUGUGUCUCCACCUAUACCAAAAGAUAUCGUACAAAAUGUCAGCAUGUUUAUUGAUGCAGAACGACAGAAUGUUCAUGUUGACGUCUCCCAGCCCGAAACAUUGGUUGAAAAAUUGACUCAAACUGAUAAAAUGCCGUUAGAAGCAAAAAAAUCUACGGAGAAUAUUGAUAUUUCUAUGUCCAUUACUAAGCCAAAAAUUUCCACACAAACCGACCCCAAGAUGGAAUUAAAUAUCUCUGUUGAUAAGUUGAAAUCUGGAGAAUCCCAUGUAGUGAAAAAAGAUGUUCACGUUCAUCUACCUAGUGAGGUUAAUAUUACUAAAGAUGUUCCUGUGAAAUCCGGCGCUGAACAUCAGCAGGAACCGAUAAAAGAUGAAGGUGAUAAAGAGGAUAAAAAACGAAGGAGGAAAAAGAAACAUAAGCGUCCUACUAGCGAAAGUGAAUCUCUGGAUACUGAAACCCAUACUGAAACUGAUAAAAGCAUAAUCGACACAGAAAGUUCGUCUUUAAGUCAUUAUGUUGAAUUGCCAGCCUCAACGCCUAUCGAUUCACCUAAGCCUACUAAAGAUUUGUUACAAUCUCAAAUAGAUGACACACAAGUUGUACAAGAAUCAUCUUUAGAGUCUCAUACAAGAAAAUCUGUUGACGACAAAGGAUACGAGCCUGAAGAUACCUCAUUGGAUGCAAAUGUGGCCAUUGAUUCAAAGAAAAAACAUAAGAAACGUAAAUCUCAUAGAACAAGCGAAGAAACUUUAUAUCCGAAACAAACAACCACAGAGGAUGAAUCGAUUUCAACCUCACCCGUUGAAGUGAGCGAACCUAUAAUUGAGAAGAAAGUAAAAGGUAAGAAGGACAAAAAACAGCUUCCUGAGCCUGUUGUUGCAUUGGAAUCACCAUUAGAAAAAUCUCCUUUGGCUGGCCAAGAAAUUUCAACAAUAUCACCUAAGGAAGAGUCAUACCAUACAAUAAGUGAAACUUCUGAUAUCAGUACUGUAAAAAUUGUUGAAGAAUGUGUUGGUUUGAGCCCAGAAUCAGUCAAAGAAGAUAUUACAACAACCGUUACAUACCCAGUACCGGUGUUUGAAGAAGUUCCUACCCAAGAAGAUUCUGUCCAAACAUCACCAAGAGAUGAGCCAAGGUUGGAAACAAUUAAAAAUCCAGAAACGGCUGACACAGUACUACAAACAUCUCCGACUCCUGUAUCUGAAAUGAUUGUACAAACAACACCUACCGAAGAUAAAGAAGUGGAUACUCAGACUAACGAAAGUAUGGUGCAUCAUCAAACUGUAGAUUUCUCUGACAUUCAAGUACAAACAAGCAGAACAGAAAGUCCAGAAUUAAAAAUUCAACUGGAAGCUACGACUCAGGUUAUUCCAAGAGACAUUUCAGUACCGGAUGAAAAAUCAUCACAAACGUCACCAGCAAUUGAUCCUCAUGAUGAAUCAUCGAAGAUAGAAACCGAUACCCGAGAAAUACAAACUUCUCCAACACCGCAGGUGCAGUCGGAUGAGAAAUCUACUGAAAUGAAGAUAGAAACAAUUGAUUCUACUAUUCAAACUAUAAAACAAGAUAUUGUUGAUCAGGAAACUAGCACAACGCCAGUUGAAAAAGUAGAACUAUCUGAUAUAAGUAUUCAAACACCGGAAGUUCCAAUGAUCAGUGCAUUUACUCAAUCUGAACUCAUUCAACAGUUAGAUAUUGAGCAGCCUGUCAGCAAAGAAGAGAAGUCUACAAUAUCCGAAAAAAUUGACGUAAAAAAUACAUCCCAACAAACUUCUCCUAGAACUGAGGAUAUGCCUGUUAUUGAAACUUCUAGAAGUGAUGUAGUCACUGUUGACGCUGUGCAGCAAACUACACCACGAGAAGAACAAAAACCAUCAUCACCAAUACCUUCUUUAGAAAUCGAGAAGAGGGAAAGUCUUAUAACUGUAGAAACGGGCCAGCAAACAACACCAAGAGUAACUGAAACAAUUAGGGAUGCUGACAAACACGUCGUGACUUUUGACACAACUCAGCAAACUUCUCCCAGAGUGUAUUCAGAGGAUUCAAUUUCUACAUCCACGGAUGAGCCCUAUGAGGUACAUUUAAGAGCACAGAUUUCAAUUCCUCAAGCAACAAAUGAAUUCCUUGAUAGUGAGCGUCAAACCGCAGAGCAAUCUCCUACAAUUUUGAGCGAUAAACAUAAACAAAGAAAGAGGAAACCAAAAAGAAAAGUCGAAUCGCCGCUUAAAUCCCCUGAAAGUUUGUCUGAUCCUAUUAAUGCAGAAUUGUCGUUAUCAGUUACGCCGACAAGUGAUGAUUUAUCUAGCAAAGACAAUUAUUCCACAGAUGAAGGUAUCGCUCAAAUCCGACCUUCAGUUGUGCCAGCGAGCCAAGAAUCUUUAGUUAUACAGUCCCGACCUACAUAUUCAGAUGUUGUUCAAAGAUCCAAAUCUAAAUCACCAUCACCUAGCAAAACUGUGCACGAACCAAAGUCAGAAAAAGCAAGACUACUGGAAAGUCUUGAAAAACGCACACAGGCUACACAUGAACCCCAAAAAAAUUCAGAGGAUUCCAUGAGUGUGGCUCUUAUUGAACCUUCUGUGGAAAAAUCAUAUGAUCGUGUGGUUAAUUCAAAAUUAGAAGAAGUUAAGAAUGCAAUCGAAAAUAAAGAUCCAAAUAAAGUAGAAAAAAAUGUUAUCGUUAUCAUUGAGACCAUAUCCAUUUGGUUAGAAGAAAUACAGUACAAAAUACACGGCGCUAUUUCUUCGGGGUCGAAAGUAAUUGAUGAAGCUCAAAGAGUAAAAGAUUUAGAACAACAUGUACAAAAUCUUAAGGAAAUAAUAUAUGUAACAGAAGUUCAUGAAGAAAUUGUCACUUUAAUUGAAACCUUGUCACGUCAGAUGAACGCAGUAAGUCAUUUAAGUAAUGAAAGUAUGGCAAAAGUCAAACAAAGCGAAGAAGAGUGGCUUAAAUUCUUAGAAGAUUUAGAAAUACUGGCGCAAUCUGUUGGUGGAAUGAAAACGAAAUUAGAAGAAUUGAUUAUUUUAGAAAUGCCCACCUCUCAGAAAUUAGAUGGACUUGAUAAAAUGGAAACGGAUAACCUCGAUAAUUUAAAUAAUGUUAAGAAAAUGUUUAAAACAUACCGAGGAUUACUUGAAACACACCCCAAAAUAGAAUGUCCAUCAGAAUUAUAUAGGUGCGAUGAAGAUACAAAACACAUUGAAAAUACAAUCAAUAUUGAACGGGACCGUCUUUUACAAUUAGCAUCAUUAGCUGAAGAAUAUGAGCAAACAUUGCAAGAUUUCGGCCAAAUAACUGACGUCGCGGAAGCUUUAUUGGACGGCAAAAUAAUUGUAUCCAACUUAGAUCAUCUUCAUGAAGAGAUACAAAAGCACAGAAAAUUUUUCGUCAAUCUUAGCCAUUGUAGAGCCAUUCUUGAAUCUUUAGAAGAUAAUUUGGAUAAUGAGACAAGAGCUAAAUAUGCAUCACUGCAUCAUUCACUUCAUGACAGGGCGACUACAAUUAUUGAUAGAGCGGCAGGUAGAGCUCAACAAAUGACCCUAGCUGCUUCGAGAUGGAGUGUGCUUGAUCAAGGAAUGAAAGAAGAACUACAAUGGCUACGAGUAGCAGAACAAAGAAUUCCUGAUCUCACCAACGUAACUUCGAUGGAUCACGAACAAUAUAUUAAUUUAUAUCAAUCAAUAAGUCUUGAUGUUUCUCACCAUUACGCAAAAAUGUUACGCCUUCUAUCUAUAACUGAAGGUCUUCAAAAUUUAAUUGUUUGCCCAGGACUAGAAUCGGAAUGCUCUGAAGCACUUGAAACAUUGCUUAAACUUCAAGAAAAUAUUGAUUUUUGGUUAAUAAGACUGACAGAUUUUAAGGAGAAUUGGUUAACGUAUGACCAUUUGAUUAACAGGAUUGAAGGAUGGAUUAAUUUAGCAAAUAAAGAGAUGGAACAUAUAACGCCUGAAAAUAUUACAACUACGAGCAAUCUUAGACGUUUCUGGGAGCUUAAAGCACAACAUGAAGUACAUAACAAUCUUAAAAAUGAAUGCAGUAUCCAAUUCGAAAAAGCAUUAGAAAUUUUACCUAUAUCAGAUGAAAUGGUACAACGUCAGUUCUUCUCUAAGGUUGAAGAUAAAUGGCGUGACUUGUCUAACAGAAUUAACAACAUUCACUCAUCAGCCAUUCAAAACAUAUCUGACCGUGAUGUUACAUCGGGUGAAAAACUGAAUAUUCUGGAAGAUGAAAUAAAAGAACUCCGUGGAGCGCUAGAGGGACUCAAAGGUGUCAUUAAAAAUGAAGAUGAACUGAACCUUUACAUUGAAAGGCUUCAAGUUAUGACUAGCCGUAUAGACCGCAUACAAAAUGAACUGGGGCGGCUUAGCCUUUUACCAACUGCAGAGUCGGAUCGUUUAGGCGCUCUCCUAUCUCAGUCAGGAAUAUUAGACGAUCAAAUAGCUGAGGAAUUAGAAAGGAGUUUGCUACUAAAAGAGAAAAUUGUACAAGUCCAAGCCGGCAUCGCUCGCGUUCAAAAGGGACAACGGCGUGCUCGAUUAACUUUAGAAGAAUGUGAGGCGGCAGAACGACUGGGCAGUGAUGUCGUCGAGAGAGCGACGGAAAACUGUGACAAGUUGCUGGAAGAUCUAGCGGCACAAUGGAAAGACAUACUUGCGUUGAGACAAGCGCUGCAUACGCUGCCCAUAAGUCUUCGUAUUUGUGUGUCACCCACAAGUAUAGAGAAGGACAUUUCUGCAUUACAGGAGACUCAUGCGGAAUUGGAAGCUGCUUGUAAUGAUCUCAGCGUUCGACUCAGAAAUAAGUUGCAGCUGUGGAGGCGGUUUGAGAGGCAGCUGGAGUUGGUGCAAGGUGCGGUGCGAGAGGCCGACUAUAUGGUUGAGUUGCUCACCGUUCAAGGACAAGUAGAUUACGAUCGCCUACUGAAAGCCACUGAGAGAUUGGAGACGCUGAGCGAGUCGCUGUCCCGGCGCAGCGGCGAGCUGGUGGGCGAGCUGCGGCACGCGGCCGCGCCGCUGGCCGCCGCCGCCGAGCCCAGUGUGGCGGCCAAGCUGCGCCGCCAGCUCGACGACGCGGCCGCCGCCUACGAGCACACGUGCGCCAACCUCACGCACCUCUGCGAUAAGUACCACAAGGCGGUGGAGCUGUGGCGGCGCUACCGCGAGGCGGCGGCCGCGGUGCGCGCGUUCGCCGACACGCACGAGGGCGCGCUGCACGCGCUGCGCCCGCGCGACGCGCCCGCCACUGCGCACGCAUGUCUAGAACAAGAGGCGCGCGUGGCCGAGCUGCGUUCGCUGGCGGCGCGCGUGGCGGCGGAGACGGGCUCGCGCGCGCUGCAAGCGGACGCGGACGCGCUCGCGCGCCGCCUGCAGCUGGUGGCCGGCGCGGUGCAGGCGCUCGCGGACCUCGGCGAGGCGCGCCAGCUCGCGCGCGCCAAGGCGCAGCACGCGAGGGACAUGUUCUGCGAUAUGAGACAGGAUCUGACACCCGUUCACGAAGAUGGCGAGAUCGUUGAAGACAAACUGAUAGCUUUACGCGAUAAUCUUAUAGCGCUAGGAAAGAGUGAAGCUGAUAUCGCCCCGGCGAAAGCGGAGCUGCCAGAUAUCGAUCGAGAUGUUUCCGAUGAACAUUCUAUAGUCAGAAUACUCGAGCUAUGGCAAGAGAUGUUCAGGGACACCUUCCUGCACUACCACAGACUGUCCACGGCGUUAGUAAGAUCUGGAGACGCUGCUACAGCACUCAGGUUGUGGAACGAAUACCUACUAGAUCUACAAUCAUUCCUCUCAAGUUCUGUUCCAGCUGAUUAUGAAAACUUAACGGAACAUCGCAGACUGUGCCGUGUUCACAGGAACUUAUUAGCGUCACAAAGAUCAGUACUGAUCAAUGAAAAUAGAGAAACUAACAACAGGGAGUUGGCUGAUAAAUUCGACAUUCUGACCAAUCUUCACAAUGAAACGCUCGCGAAAAUCGUAGAAAGACACGAUGAAGUAAGCACCAGAAUAGCCGCUUGGGAUGAUUACAGAGAAAUAUAUACGGAACUACUUCGUUGGCUCAAAGAACUCGAAAGAGAAAAGGAAAAGUUACAACUCAGAUACGUUCACAUUAAGCGAAUAAAUAAAACGUUAUCGCAGAUACAGAAUCUCUCGGACAAAUUACCCGAAGGACGGAAAUAUACAGAGAAAUUAUUCGGCAAUCUCAAGAAAGUGCUAGUUUUCACCGAUGACACGUAUGGUGCAUCAGUGAGAAUGGAAUAUGCGGGUAUUGUGAAAAGGGUCGAUAACUUGCAAGCUAGUCUCGACACGUGGCGCGACUUCCUUACAAGAAUACUCGGUCUUAUUGGUGAAUAUGAAACACUAACUGGUGAUCUACAGAAAUUGUAUUCAAAAACACAAAAUGAAAUUAUGUCGUAUUCGGACGAAGAACGCCUCUCUAGGCCGCAACUUAAGAAGGCGAUCGACAAAUUCGCAGACUUGAGAACUAAGGUUGACAAGACUGAAACACAAAUUGAAGCUCUUAGUGUCAUCCAAGAACAGCUCAAAGAAUGUCUUAGUCCUCAAGACAUCAGAAUAGUGAACCAAAAGGUCUGGCAACUGCGACAACAGCGGGCAGACUUGGAACAUCAACUGUCUAUUAUCAUUCAUAGGUUACAAGAAAGAGUUGAAAUCUACACCAUUUUCGACUCCAGGCUUUCACGGUUCUCAGAGUGGUUAAAAUCUAUUGAAACAAGAUUAGAAAAUACGUCUAGCAGUGAAGUAGGCGCCUUAGAUCCGCAUGACUUAAUACGAAGAAUAAAUUCUGACAUUCAAGCUGAAACCGCCUUAAAAGAACGCGAAUUUGAGUGGCUCACAGAAACGGGAGCCACUCUUAUCGAUUUGUCCAAAAAAGACGAGAAAUCUUACAGUAAAAGUAUAUCCAAACAACUGAAGGAUGUGCAAGAACGCUGGCAUACUUUACAAGAAUCAAGAAGAUUAAGGAUAUCCAAGAUCACUGAGCUAUUAGAGACGAUAUCGCAAUUAGAAGAGCGAUUAACAGAAAUAAGAACUAAAUUACACACGAUUGAAUCGAAGUUAACAACUUCAGUUGUGUUGGAACAAUUGACAACUAAAGCCGUCGAUUCCAAAUUCCAGAGCCGCGACGAAAUUCACAAGGAUAUUGAAAACGAGAGCGAAGAGGUCGGCAACGCGCUUAACCUUUGCGAACUCGUAUUAAACGAUCCAGACGUACUCAAAGGCAACUUCGAUUUGCGCAACCUGCGCACCGGCGUGGACAUCGUCGACAAGAAGUGGAAGAACAUUUGCGAACUGUCCGAACAGCGCAAGACCGCCUUGAAGGAAAUCCGCAAAUCGGCCGAGCUCGCGACCUCGCUGCUGCCGAAAGUCGAAAAGAAGCUGGACGCGAUCGAGAAGCGCGUGGAGAAGGUGGAAGCGCGCAAAGAGCGCGGCGAGAGCGAGGACGAGACCGUCUCGCAAGCGAUCGGCCAGGACCUGGACGGGAUGGAGGGCGACGUGAAGAGGCUGGAAGACGCGUACGGCAGAGUGGCGGCGGCGCGCGGCGUGGAGCUGCGCGGCGCCGGCGCGGAGGGCGCGGGGCGGCUGCGCGCGGCCGGCCGGCGCUGGCGGCGCCUGCGCGCGCGCCUGGCGGCCGCGGGCGCCGACGCGCGGCGCCGCUUCGUGGCGGCGCACGGCGCGGCCGUCGUGGCGCUGGCCGAGGCCGACGUGCGGCUCACGCGCGCGCUGCACCUGCCGCCCGCGCCCGCCGACCGCCCCGCGCAGCUCGCCGAGCUCGAGGGAGUCGAACAAGACCUCCGCGAAUGCGAAGCCUUAGUGAAUGACGCUGACAGAUUGUCGACGACAGUCCUCAGUAUAUCCGGCGUCGCCGAUAUGGUGGCGGAGUAUAGGGCGCUGUACUCCGAUGUGAGGAUGCGACUCGAUAUUGCCAGGGCGGAGGUCGUUGGUGACGUGGAUUCUGCCGUACAGGUCGACACACUGAAAUGGGAAACGGACGCCGCGCUCCAAGUGGACACGCUGACGUCCAAAGAAACCUACCGAGCUGAACUAGCGUCAGCCGUCAAAGAGGCUUCUGAAAGCCUAGAGGCUCUCAGGACAGCUCUGUCACACGAACUCGGAGAAGGUGCAUCCGGCGAACAGUUGGCCACGGCGGCCAAGGAGAUAGCUAAAGCCGGCGCCAAACCUUCGCAAACCCUAGAACUGGCUAAACAUCUAUCGGAACUGCUCCUAACCGAAUGCGACGCGACAGAGGACGAAGCGAUGCUCAAGGAGGUCGAGUCCCUCUCGCUGCGAUACGAAGAUCUGCUGAACCAAGCCAAGAAGAGGGAACUGCAGAUCAACAAUUUGAGCGAGUCCGGUCGCAUCACGUGCCCGCUGUGCUCGGACCGCAACUGGAAGCAGCUGGAUAACGACCUGUGGCGGCUGGAGCAGUGGCUGCAGUUCGCCGAGGCCACCGACGAGGCGCGCACCGACCCGCCCGAGCUGUACGACGCUCUCGAGGAUAUCAUACAGGUGGGCGCUUUGUGCUGCUCGCGAUUGGCGCGCCUGCUCGAGGGCAGCGCGCGCGACGUCUGCACCAGGCUGGGCGAGCUGCGCCUGCGCCUGCAGUCGCUGCGCAAGCUGACCGGCGUGUACGCGCUGAAGCUGGGCGCGGCGCUCGCCAGCCGGCCCGGCGCCGCGCCCGCCGCGCUCGCCGCCGCCGCCGCCACGCUCGCGCCGCAGCUGAUGGAGGAUGACGAGGAACAGACCUACAGCCUGCCGCCGCUCAGCGCUGACGAGGCGAGUGAGGCGGUCGAGGCGGGCGAGGCGGGCGAAGCGGGCGCGGAGUCGCUGUCGCGCGUGCGGCGCGGGCUGCGCUUCGUGUGCCGCGUGGCGCGCGCGUCGCUGCCGUUCCAGGCGCUGCUGCUGCUGCUGCUCGGCGCCGCCGCGCUCGCGCCCGCGUCCGACUGCCGCCAGCCGCCCUCGCUGCAGCCCGUGCUGCGCUACCCGCACGGCCCGCCGCCGCUCUAGGCGCCGCCGCCACACCACACUACACCACACUGCGCCACACUACGCCACACUACACCUCGGAUUUGUGAAAGCAUUUUAUCCAACUAAGUCGAGUUUCUCGGAUCAGUCGACUGAAUGUAUACAUGUAAAUCUCGC